AAUUGUGCGUCACUCAAGAGAUGAAAUCAGGAUUUUCAAUGUCGGAUUGUUGACAUUUUGUUAAAGUAGUUCAUGGAAGGUUCAUGGUUUGUGUCCCAUAUUUCCUUCAUUGGACGUUGUUUAUGUGCAUUUUACUGUUUAUGUGAUAGGGUGACUAGUUAUUUACCGGGCGGGUUAUCUAAUCUAAUCUCUGUUUUUCGAGGAGAUUAAGGAUUUCCCCUAAAUCUAACAGAUAUGGCUACGGCUACCACGAUAGAAACAGUAACGAUUAGACGGCCUUUAAAGGUUAUUGCCUUUAUAUGCGGUGUAAUCGUGCUGCUGUUGAUGAUAAUGGCGCUGGUUUCAACCGAUUGGUUGAUGGCAGCUGGAUGGCGCCAGGGUUUAUUCAUGCAUUGCAUAGAAGAAAAAGCACAAGAACCCUUACCUUUUAACACUAAAGGCGGCACUGGUUGCUACGCUGCCCGAGAUGUUGCAUACAUAAAAGCGUCAGCUGCCUUAUGCGUAAUAACAUUGCUAACUGAUCUGGUUGCUACCGUUCUAACGGGAUUAGGACUGCGAACCAAAGAUCAUCACACCAAAUUCAAGUACUACAGAUUUGCGGUAAUUGUUAUGGGACUAUCUCUUGCAGCAAUUUUAAUUGCCCUGAUCAUAUACCCUGUAUGCUUUGCCGCAGAGCUUAAUUUAGGUAACCGAACGAUAUGGGAGUUCGGAUGGGCGUAUGGAGUGGGCUGGGGAGUAGCCAUCUUCCUCUUCAGCGGCGUCGUUCUGCUGAUGUGCGAUAAGGAAAGUGAGGAAAUUUAUUACAAAGAACGGAAAAUCGUGCACGAUAACGAUUCGCGCGCCUAGUGGCCACAUAGUCUGCCCGACGUUGUCCUCUGAUCUUAGAGGGUGGCGACGUGUCGCUUCUCUCCGAGGAAUAAAUGCUAUUGAGGUGAAUGAGCGGUUCCUCUAAGGUGCUUUGACCUUUUAAUGCCUGCAUUUAAAUGUGGACGACAAAUAGCAUCCACUAGAUAUCAAUGAACGAGCGAAAAUCAUUGUUUUUUUGGAAAACUGAUACAAACUUGUUUCCUAAUUAGUGUCUGUUAAAAGGCUUGAAAUCAAGCACUCCUGAGGAACCAGUGUGACUGUUGCUUGCCUGAAAUUGAAUGUUUACCUGGUCAGUUUGAUAUGAAGACCAUGUUAAUUUAUUCGGGAAUUUUCGUACAAACUAGAUUGUGUAGUAAACUUUCACUUUAUGUUCCGUGUAUUAACUUAUUUUUUAGAAUUAGUUGACGAUUAAAUGCCGAUCAUUUGGCUGGUUAUUUGCAAUUUACACAACCCAGUUCCCUAAUGAAAGUCUAAAGUGAUAUUCAUUCAUACACUUUUGUUAAAAUACGAUAUUUUUUACUUUAUCAUACUGUCAGAUAUUUCGAUUCAAAUGAUUGGCAUUUGCUUUCAGUGGGCGGAUGAAUAGUUUAGCAAAGCACUCGGUGAUCUCUCUAUCAUAAGACUAAUAUAUUUAAACACUUCAAGGUACCAAAAUUUUUAUAAUAUAAAUAUUUAACCGCUAAUCUCAAGUAUUAAUUCGCCCAACUCUGUGACAUAAAUGUAGUGUUUCGCAUUGAUUUAAGGAAGCAAAAAUGUUGGUCAAACUGAUUAGAAACCUUUAUUUAGGUUUAUCCUUAUUAUUUAGUUGCUCGAGGAUUGUAUGGUGAAAUACAGAUUUCAAGUCCCAUUUUUUUGCGCAGGAAACUGAAAUCGUUGUUUUUUAUCGUACAAAUGCCAGUCAGCCGUUUUGAGUUGUUAUCAUUUGUGCACCUUCGAUUGCAAACGAAUUACUUAAUACUUUUCCUUUUUAAUCGUUUUUUUGUGUUCUGUACAGGUAAAGUGUUGGGUAAUUAUUUGCCGCCGAUCUGUUAAAAAGAAUGAUUGUAGUGCGUCUGAGAGGCAACCCGGGCAGGCUAGGUGUAUGGAUUUAAGAGUCAUUAUUUCGAUAUUCGAUGUUGGAAAAAUCCUAUUAAAAUCAGCUGAUUUUUUUUCAAUCUUAAACAAUAUGUUUAAGAACUGAUUUAAUUACUGAUCUUAAUACCGGUUUUUCAGCUAACAGUGUAUAAAUUCGUUUAUAUGGUUUGACUACUUGGUAAGUCCAAAUUUAUACAAUUAGAUUAAGUGAAAAUAUCAUCUAAUAUUAUACAAAGCUUACCAUUUCGACAAAAUUCAAACAAAACAUAUUGUUUCCUAUAUUCGUCCUGAAACAUAUUCAAUUUUGUCGUAAUGGUAAGUAGCCACAAUUGUAAGCUUUAUACCUAUUGCCAGAGGAAUGAUUAGUUCUCGAAUACUAUGUAUAUUAUAGUUUAAUAGUUGGGAUAGUUAUCUUAUACACAUUUGCAUUUAGCUGACUAAUUAUUAAGUAACAACGGAAGCUAUUCGCGAGAUAAUACAAAGAUGGAUGGAUAGUGACUGUUGUAAUUGGGUGUAAACAACGCUCCAUUUUCAACAUAAUAGCCGGUGACUGCUGUAAAUUAAUAGAAAUAAUUGUCCUUGUUGAUAAGUAAAAAUAUGUCUACCGUUGAUAUUUCUUCCCGUAUAAUGUGGCUGAAUGCUUUUGAUUUUUAAAACUCCAUAGUGUCCGAACAUAAAGCGUUCAGUAUCGUUUUGUGAUAAAUCGAAUUGAUCUUUUUCAUGGUGGAUACGUUUAAUGAACCUAAACGAAGCAUAUCCUCAAAUCUGUAGAUAUUAAUUUAUAAUAUACUAACAUAAUGAAUACUCACAAGCACGUAUAUUUCUAGUCGAAAUCACCGUAUAGCAUAUUCCAAGUAAUUUUACAAUAUCAACAAUGAAGACGGUUUUUCCGAUUAAUUUCCUAUACAAGACAUUGUUUUAGUGAAGACCAAUCGACGGGGAUUUAACAAAAAUCCUCAUCCCAUUUUAUUGUCGAUAUUCACACACAGAAAUAUACGUUGUUUAUUACUGGCUUUUUAUGAGGGUAAGUUAAAAUUAUUAAUUGUGUCAUUGGCAGCUAGUAUUUGAAAAAUCGGACCAAAAUAGCCUAAUUUACCAAUACUUACCCUUUUAUUGUACGUUCCCCGACAUUCCUAUAACUAUAUAAAAUCUGUACAUAAAUUUGAAAAAAAAAACCUAUUCAGCAUUUGAAACAGCAUAGCGAUGUGAUAUAACUUAUAUGUAAAUAAGUUAGUUUUAAUAGUUAACCAUUAAUUUAUUAUAGGGUUAUUUUGUGGAUCAUAUCACGUCGCAACCUUGCAGUUAUAUACCUAUUUUAGGCAACCUUUAUCGACAAUUCGAGCUGAAGAAACGCUGCCAUAGUUUGAAAUGAAGAUUUUUCUCACGUGUGACCGUUCAAUUGUAUAUGACUUUUUGUUAUUGUAACGGCGAGAUAAUAAAGUGUAAUUUGUA